UGUGAGUACCACCGCGUUUUAACUCACGGGGAAAACUGCUAAGAGCGGGUGCGCGAGAGCUCGAACGCGCGGCGCGGGUGCGGACUUCAGUCGCGUGCGACGCGCGCUCCCGGUCGCUCCGCGCUCCGCGAACUCCCCGGCUACGCUUCCGACGCGCGACUCUCGACCGGACGUCGCGCGCGCGCGCGCGCGCGCGAUCGAGAAUCGCCGCGUGUCAUUCUAAUGCGUCCGCGCAUCGCGUCCGGCUGAUUUAUCGGAUCGCUCGUUAUCAGUUUCGCCGACUUGAAAUCCGCGGAUCCGAGAAAGAAGGAGAGAAGAGAGAGAGAGAGAGAGAGAGAGAGAGAGAGAGAGGGGUGCGCUUUCUCUCUCUCUCCCCUUCGCUGCUUCCGUCUUCUUUCCCGCUGCAGCUCGCGGUGUCGCCGGACGAGUGCGCGCCUCGGCUGAUUCAAAUCGGGCCGAGGGCGUGUCGGGAAGACGCGGGAAGAUGACGCGGCACAAGCGUUGACUCCGGGAUCGAGCGAUCCAGCGAUCGAUCGAGAGCGGUGAGAGCGCCGGAGGCCUGUCCGCGGAAUCAAUUUCGCCGAGUCGAUGAGACGGAACGCGCGGCGCGAUCUCACGAAGCGAUUUGCAUCCCGCCGCCGCGGCGAGUCCUCGCCGGCCGGGAAAAUUGCAAUUAAAGCCUGGCGCGCGCGGGCGGCGGCGGAAAACAGGGUCGAAGGGCAGGCAGGGCGGAAGGGCGGCGGAGGUGGCGAGGAAGAUGCGAGGCGGAGGGUGGAAGUAAGGGCGCUUGGCGGACAAUAAUAUUCGUUACCGGGCGAGAGAGGAGUACGAAUUCAGCGCCAUUGAAAAGUUCGAGACUGCGCGAUAAGAAUAUCGCGCGCGUGAGGAGCGCUUGACUCUCGAUUCCUAACGAGUCGCGAUCCAGUGGACUUCCCCGACUGAGAGAAUCGCUUCUCUCCCCUGCCCCCUCCCCGCCCCCCCUCUCUCUCUCUCUCUCUCUCUCUCUCGUUCCCGCGCGGUGACUUUUCGCGGAGGGAAAAUCCGACGGCGCGACUUCGCUCGGCCGGAGCCUCGGCGGAAAGCGAGGAUAAGUGAUCUCAACAUUCGGCGGCAUGGACUAAUACUUGGCGAAACGCGCGAAAGAGCGCGAAAUUGUGCCCCGAUGGUGUUUGUUGAAGCCACGCGUGGAGAUUGAUCUCCGGCGGAGACCGGCGGCGAGAGGACUCGCGAUCAGUGGGAGCCCCGAGUGCUGGAAGUAAAUCGUUCGUCUUGGGGAAAGUAACGGCGAUUAUGAGGGACAAGUUUGCGUUCAGCUCGGGAGUGCCGGACAUGCACGAGACCCUGUCCAGCUUCCCGGAGCAGUUCGGGGACGGGCCGAGGAAGCCGGAAAUCAAGCCGGAGGCUCCCAAGGAGACUGACAGGGCCGCGGACAGUCUCAAGUGCGGUUGGUUCUGGUUCAGGCCGCUCUACCUACAGAGAUUCCGCACGGCCAAGUGGGCGCUCUUCUGGCUGUGUUGGGCGGGAGCCAUGCAAGGAAUGGUCGUGAAUGGUUUUAUAAACGUCGUCAUAACGACGAUCGAGAGGAGAUUCGGACUGAAAUCGUCGGAGACCGGCUUGAUAGCGGGCGGUUACGACAUCGCCAGCUUCCUCCUGCUCGUACCAGUGAGCUACCUUGGCGGCCGGUCGAAAGCGUCGAAACCGAGGUACAUCGGCGUGGGAGUUCUAGUCUUAGGUAUAGGAAGCCUGCUCUUCGCGACGCCGCAUUAUCUCGCCGGACCGUACCGGGGAGGUCAGCAGACGGAAAACUUAUGCCAAAGUGCCGCCAAUACCUCGGCCGGCCGUUCGAUAUCCUGCACAGGAUCGGCCGUUCAAGCGGAGCUAGAGCCUUACAGUGGCGUGUACUUAACCAUAUUCCUGGUAGCUCAGCUGCUACAUGGCGCCGGUGCGGCGCCCUUUUAUACACUCGGGGUGACGUAUCUAGACGAGAACGUCUCGAAGAAGAUGUCCUCGGUGUAUCUAGGUAUCUACUACACUAUGGCCAUAAUAGGACCCGCGUUGGGCUACGUGGUGGGAGGUGAGCUGCUGAAGAUUUACACGGACUUCUUCACGGUGGACUCCUCGACGAUUGGGCUAACUCCCGACAGUAACGUUUGGAUUGGCGCAUGGUGGAUUGGUUUCUUGGCAGCGGCUGUCAUUUGCUUUGUCAUUGCGGUGCCUAUUUUAGCAUUUCCGGCAGCUUUGCCAGGAUCGGAGGAAUUGGCCAAGGAUAAAGUGUCGGAGGCGCACGAGAAAUCGACUCGAUCGUCCACCGCGGCGACAGGGGAAGCGUUUUCCAAAAUACGUGAGCUGCCACGCGCCCUCACCGAGCUACUCGGCAACCCGGCAUUUUUUAUGCUGAACCUGGCAGGUGCCAGUGAAGGAUUGCUGAUUGCCGGAUUCGCUGCCUUCCUGCCGAAGCUGAUUGAAAAUCAAUUCAGCGUCAAUGCCAGCUCGGCCGCGUUGCUGAUGGGGUUGGUAACCGUACCCGCUGGGGGCGGUGGUACCUUUCUCGGUGGCUAUCUGAUAAAACGCUUCAACCUGCCCUGCUCCGGUAUUCUCAAGUUUUGCCUGUUAGCCACAGCCGCCUGUAUCGUCUUCACGCUAUGCUUCGCCCUCAACUGUCCGAACCUCGAUUUCGCCGGAUUAACCGUACCGUAUCAAAAUACCACCAAGAAGGUCGCGUUAUCUCUGGAGAACGUCUGCAACAGCGGCUGCGGCUGUUCGAAAUCGCAGUUCGACCCCAUAUGCGGCGUCGAUGGGAUCACGUAUUAUUCACCCUGUCACGCCGGAUGUUAUCGGGAAACGCCGAUCAACGACGUGAAGAUAUACACGAAUUGCAGUUGCAUCCACGCGCCGGCGAUGAAUCUGACGACGAGCGACGCCGGCGACGUCGUCCCGUACGAAGCUGUCAACACUACCUGCUCGAGCACGUGCUCGCACUUGUGGCUGUUCAUCGUCCUGGCUUUUUGCAACAUGUUCAUGACCUUCUUGUGCACGAUGCCGGCGCUCUCGUCUACGCUGCGAGUCGUGCGGGACGACCAGAGAUCCUUCGCUCUGGGCAUACAGUGGAUCAAAGUGCGGAUUCUGGGCACGAUACCAGCGCCCAUGAUAUUCGGCGCUCUCAUAGACGACACGUGCAUCUUGUGGAACAAAGCGUGCGAAGACAGCGGAGCGUGUCUCGUUUACGACAAUUACUACAUGAGCAGGUACAUGCUCGCUCUGGCGUUUAUCGGAAAAGCAGCUUCCCUGCUCUUCUUCUUCCUAGCGUGGUGGUCGUACGUGCCACCGGGCGGCCGAGGCAUUGACCAGAAUUCCCGGCAGCAAACCGCGGCCACUCUAAUGCUAAGCGACACGUCCCAGGAAGCUCAAAUAGUUCCGACCACGAUAUCGUAAACUGGGGUUACUUUGUCCCUUAGAAGAUUAUCCUCCUGGAGUGCUUUAUAGGCACGACAGAAGCAAUUGCAGUUUAUCGCGCGGAGAAAAUGCCCCGGCAUUUGUUUCGCGACGGGAGGAAUAUCCUGAGGAACAAAGUAGGAUAAUCCGCGUCGCGGAAGCGUAGGUAAAUAUGAAAAUGAAGCGAGACGCGCAUGUACAUGUCGUAGCAACGCGACUGGAUAAACCGUGCAUGUGUGCGUGUAUGUGUGCGUCGAAAAGCGAAGUGAUCCUGCGUGAUGGAAGAACCCCGCUCUCGCGCGUUGAACGAGUUACAAAUUUUCGGUAGCUCCGCAGGUGAGGUCCGGAAGUCGUUGUUGUUUGAUUACCCAAUUAAUCGCUGCAAGGCAAUCAAGCAGCCGGCUCGCGAGGCUCGAACUUCCGAGCCUCCUAAACGUGAAUUUUUGUAAUCCCGACGUUUACCAAU